AUGGAGCGCAACGGCACCUCACACCUUUCCAAGAGAGCGUCGUCGGGCUCGUCAUCCUUGGUUGCAGAAGUGGCCUAUCUCGACAGCAGUGCCGAGGCGCUCCAUAUCCAGAAACGCCCACGCCGCACCCAUGCUCGCCGUUCCUGUCAGAUGUGCCAGCAGCGCAAGGCGAGAUGCGAGCUGCCCGAUCUCGAGGUCCCCUCCAGCGCUCUACCCCUCCCGGACCAUCAGAAGUGCCACCGAUGCAAGACGCUUCAGAUCUCGUGCAUCGUCGACGAUGCAAACAGGAAAAAGACCAAGAAGCAAGCUGCUGAACCAAGUAACACGCGUUCCAGCCCUUCCAAACGCCAAGAUGCAGAAAUCACAGACCGUCGAGCCUUGCGCAAGUCGUCGACCAAUGCUUCCAUGUCGUCCGCCUUUGGCGAUGCCAUGAGUGUCCAUAGUAACGGCAGCAGCAGCGCUGCCAGUCUCGUCCCUUCUGGCGCCGGACCUUCCGAGCCCAACGACCUCAAAUUUGCUGGUGGGCGUGAGCUCGGCGAUCAGAUCGUCUAUCCUGCAGAGCCCAGACUCGUUUCCAAGACUCCCGCAUCAUCCUCGGAUGAAGAAGACCAACAAGACUCAGACUCUCCCGCUCAUACCGAGCCAUUAAAUCAACGCCAGAAGAGGAACCCCUCGGCCAGUUCCGAACACAUCAAGACUCAGGAUCGCAGGGACGUUGGCAACAUCGAUGUCUGGGAACGCUUCUCCACCCGCAGCCGUCCUCUCACUCUGCUCACUGAGCUCGUGCCACGUCAGAAUGGCUUUGCCUCGAAAGUGUUCCGUCUGGUCUCGGCAAGAGCCACCAUAGAAACCGACGUCACCGAGAUCAUCCCCAAUGAGAAGUCAAAGCAGCUCAGCGACUGGUGCGAAAACAAUCUAACGCUUUGGAUGCCCCACCUUCACAAUGCGUACCAGCUCCGACAAGACGCGCUUCAAGGCAAACAGACCCUCUCUACUCAACUUUUGGAACAGACGCUCUAUCUCAUUGCCAUGCAGCACAUUCGUGAUCCAAGAGACGACGUCGCACGCUUCUCCAUCACCCGCUUUUGCAUUCGCGACUUGGCGCGACUCAUGAUGACCUCGCCGCGCUCUCCCGCCGCCGUACAGGCUUUGGAACUGCUCGCCCUCUUUCCCGUCGAUGUCUCGGCCAUCCCUGGCCCUUGUCGCAACCGUGUGCGCACCGACUCGCAGAUUGGUGCUGCCGAACGCUCUGCCCGGUCCAUUCGACUCGAUCGCGUUGCUUUGACCGCCGCGGCUCCCUAUUCCUUUGUCACUGCCGCCAACCAGAUGGACGACUUUGAGAUCAAACGUACAGCCAUGAUCUGGGCCAGCGUCAAGACGUGGUAUAAUUGCUUCACCAUUGGCGACGAUGAGCUCUACGAAAGUAUCGACGUGCGCUUUUUUUCCGAUGACUGGAGCCGAUCAUUGAUCUUGCCUCUCGACGAGACCUCGGCAGAGCUCAAUGCACCCAAUCGUCGCGCAGCAACGCCAGAGAACGAACUCUUUUCGCAAAAGCGUUGGUCACGCACACGAAGGAUCGGGAGCAUUGGUCUUGCUAUGCGCUGUCUUCUCAUGAGGCAGUUGCUCGUCGCUUUUGACACCAUCGGCCACAUCUCCGUCGACCUUCCCGAAAACGAGCGCCUGGCCUCUUUAUCAGAUAUCAUCGAUACUUACAGGCAGCACGUCGUCAGUAUCGACAAGGAGUUUCAGAGCCACCUGGUCAACAAACAAGGAGGCAGCGAGCUACUCCGAACCUGGUUGACCAUCGAAGCCACCGGCGGAUACCUUCUCGUUCUCGGUGCCGGCAUUCUUCGCGGCUUGGGCAUUGACAAGAGGGAAAACUUCCCGCCACACGAACUAGCCUUGCUCAUCCGAGGAGAAAACGCCUCGCCAGGCAUGAGGGACUUUCUUACUCGCUACGGCGAAGAGCGCAUCCUGGCGGCCGAAAAGGUGCUCGUUAGCAUCAGCACUCUCUGCCGAGAUGCAAGGGCAGCUAGCGCAAUCACUGCAACCGACAAGAGCCGCAAGCCGUCCAAUUCGAGCCAAGAUCACUGGAUCGUUGAAGGUCAAUCCCGCCCCAUUGUACCCCUGCCCAACAUCUGUGGAUUUGCGCUCGAGGCUGCUUUCAACGCCAUGGAGAUGCACGCCACCAUGUUUAAGCUGUGGAAGACACCGCCGAAACGAUCCGAAUCCUGGCAGCUCGUCUUUUCCAAUGUCGUUACAGCCAUGCUCUCGCUGGACCCACAAGGCUCGGUUCGCAAUGGCAGCAUCCCCGCCACGUGUGCCUACAUCCUUCAAGGCAUGCUCAAGGUCAUUGUUGCAUGGACCGACUGCAGUCGAAAGAAGGAUCACCAGCGAUCCACCUCGACAUCCUGCCCAGCUGCUUUUGCAGUUGGUACGCGACACCAAGACGACCACUGCCCCAAUGGCAGGCAAAGUUGCGGUCGAGCCCUACAGCAGAUGAGGAGACCGCCUGUAGGCGCCUCGCCCGAACUGGAACGGUACUCGACGCUGCUUCAUCCCGACUUGGCGAUGCGCAAGAGCUUUGAUGUAGGGCAAGGCGUCGGUACCGGUCCAACCACAUCUCGAUUCAGGGACUCUGGCGCGCAACACCUGAGUCAUGCCGGCGGGAAUGUUAUCUCGGCACACAACAUGGCCGCAUAUGAGCCGGAUGUCGCUGGUUACCCCCAGCAGUAUAGCAAUCUUCGAGGCGGUCCGGCGAGCCAGAACUUUGUAGCCCCAAAUGCGACGGAAUCGCUUGCGGCUGCAUUGCCUCGCAGUGGAAGUUGGACAAGCGAGAGCACGGUCGCACCCCCGUAUUCGCAGCAAUCGCAGAUUCACCAUUCCCACCACCACAGCAAUUCCCUUGGGCCGUAUGGGGCGCCCACUGCCAAAGCCAAUUCGAUGCCGUCAAGCUCCUCCAACGCAUCAUCUCAUACGCACACGCCGCCUCCGCUAUGCGAAAAUGGAGUUCAUGGCGUAGGCUUGGUCAAUGGUGGCAGCAACGGAUUGUUUGCCGAUGGCACCAACGGCGCGUACUACAACAACGAGAGCGAUGCGCUGCCUUCUGUCGCCUUGGACUCGCUCGAUUUCAUCCUUAAUGAUGUGCUGGGAUCGUCCGAGUGGUCUGGCAUCUUGCAGGAUAUCUGGCGCACCGAGAUGUAG